UGACACUAUAACGUCGUAGCCAUGGCAACAGCCAACAUACACCACGGCAGUUAAAAGUUCAAUGUUUGUUUUAUUUUAUUUUUUUCGCUUUUUUUCCAAACAGGAGUAAUGAGAAAUGGGAGACAAGGAGGGAUUUAUGGAGACAGAGCAGGUGGAGGAGAAUGAAAUUAAGGCGGUUCUUCAAUGUCCUCCGGUCUACCCACUGCCUGAAGAAAUAAAAAAGAUGGAGCGCACGGAGACAGUUUGUCUUUACUGCGGUGUAAGCUAUCUCAUUUUCCAUGAGUUCCAUCAGCUCCACACCCAACUGGCUCAGUUAGAGGCCGAGCUCCAGGAACUGAGAGAGGCCGCCCAGAGAGAGAAGGCCCGAUGUCAGGAACUGGAGCUGGGAAGAAUGGAGUGGGAGAAGUCACUUCACCUGGAGGUGCACAGACAAGCAGAAAUCAGAGAGCAAAACACAAGAAAAGAGCUUGAAGAGAGGAACAGAGACACGGCGAGAGCUCUGAGAGAAGAAUUUCAGGCAAAACAUGAGACGAACAGAAGAGACGUUGAAGAAGAGUAUCAGAAAAUCUGUGAAGAAAAAGAGAGACGUCUUAGAGGAGAUCUGGCAGUCUUGGAGGCAGAGAAACUGAGGCGGCAGCGAGAGGAGCUGGAGAGAAGGGCUGAGGAGAGAGAGAAAGUUCUGAGUGACGCACUUCAAAAGGCCAAUAAAAAUGUCGACGAGCUGAGAACAAACACCCAACAGCUGGAAGAGAGGUUGAUGACAGCAGCUGCCACGAAGGAAGAGGAUGAGCAACGACUUGGUGAAGAGAAGCAGCAAAGAGAACAUCUCAGAGGUGUGUGUGUGCGACAGCAGCGGUCCCUGAGAGACACUCUCUCCUUGCUACGCUCCUCCAGCAGUGAGCUCACCGAUAUACGGGGUUUCCUCAGCCAGCUGACGCGGGCCUGGCAGGCCUUCAGAUCUCACAUACAGGAGCACAGCACGCAGGUGUUCUCAGCACUGACCGAGGAGCUGCUGCAAUCCAAUGUGGAUCUUCAGAAAAUCAGAGACGAGAGAGAGCGCCUAACACAGCAGCUGAUGGAGCAGAAUAGGCAGAGUGAGGAGCAGCUGUCCCGACAGGAGGAUUCCGAGAAGGAGCAUAAAGGGAAACUACUCAGGUUAAAAGGGGAGCUGGAGGAGAAACACGAGAGAUGGUUGUUGUGCCAACAGAGGUGUGAUGCCUUGCAGGAGCAGCUGUCGUUAUGGAACCAUAGAGAGGAACAAUUAAACCAGAGGCACUGUGCAGCUGUAGAGGAAGUGACGCAACUGAGGAAAGCCCUGGAGAAGACGCAGCAGGAAAUGAGAGAGCUGAGGAGAGAGAGGGAUAUUUUGGUGAAUUCUCACAGAAGAGCCAUUAAUGUGAUGAAAGAGGACUACAGACAGCAACUGGCCACAAAGCUGGCUGCUGCCAUAGAAGAGCAGAAAUCCCAGAGUGCAUUGCACCUGAGGGAGCGGAUGGAGGAGCUUCGCAGGGACCAGGAGAUCGAGUUGACAAUUGAAAGGGAGAAGAACCAGUUGCUGCUUCUGCAACAGCAGCGAGACGGCGCGCAGCUUCAGCACGAGUUGGAGGCGAAAGACAGAGAGCUACAACAACUGCAAGAGGAGGUGCAGCUGGAGAGGAGAAGCAGGGAGGAGGAGGACGAGGAGAGGAUGAAGAGAGAGGAGGAGAUACGGCAGCAGCAGGCACGACAGCUGAGCCGAGCUAAAGCCGAACUGGAGCUGUGGACUGAGAAAAAUGCUGAAUUACAACAAGAGGUGGUGUUACUUCAGGACACGGUGAGGAGGGAGUGUGAGGAGAGGGAGGAGCUGACGGCUGCUCUGUCUCAAGUUCAACAGGAGCUCUUUGGGCUGCGAUCCCCGGCGUCUCAUCCCGGCUCCUCCAGGCCUCCUCCCCCCGACCCCACGGAGAGACACACCCCGCAAGGGAACAAGAACUUCUAUCUCCACAGUCGAGCGCGGGUACCUCUCACCCGCUCGUCAGCCUCCCCAAACACACUGCGACCCACCCCGGGCUGCACGGACAAAGACAGAGGCCGGGGCACAGAUGGCGGAGGAGCGGGGAGGAGUGCGGAGUCCUGGAGAAUUGGUGGAGAUAAAAGGCGAGAGGGCACACUGCCCAGACUGAAAGGAAGCAGCGCAGUGAGCGAAGUCAAACAUGAGGUCAGUUUAGAGAUGGGGAGGAAGGAGAGACUGUGAGACGUGAAUAAAGGACGGUAUUAAAUAGUAGUUCAAUCCUAAUUUUAUAGUAUUUUUCUUUCCUUGUUCUCUUGAAGUCAAACGUCCCCCUGUUCCUGUAAAAGUGGGGGUGGCACACGCAUACGUGUACACACACACAGACAUACGGCUCCACUUCUCCAGUCCUGUUCGCACACCAGCAAACUCCCAGCAGUCACACUCACCAACAGACAUGCACUUGUAUUCUCACAACCUGACUCACGCAGGCUCACUGGCACGCACAGGAUUUCACAGACAAACAUCCACACACAUGUACUCCCAGACACACGCACACACACACACACACACACACACACACACACACACACACAAACAGCCUGUCACAAGGGCAAGGCUGAAGGAGCAUGACAGCGUGUCCCCUGCCACCCGUGGACACAAACAAAAGGCGGGCAAACACAAAAGAAACUGUACGGCAGGCACCCCCAGACACACACACACACACACGCACGCACGCACACGCACGCACACACACACACCAAUUACCCAGCACUCUUCCCUCAGGCUUUGUGUGUUAUUGACAUCAUUCACUCUGCUCAAGGUCUUUCCACCCCCCCUCCUCCUCUCUCUUCCUCUCCCUCUACAUUUGGGAAGAAUUGGCAUGAUGGGAGAAACGUGUGAAGUGUGUGUGUGGCAUGGAACUGAUUUACCUGCUUAGUGGCUCACAUGCACCCCAGCUUUUGGUUUGACGUCCCCUCUGCCUACGUUUCCAUGUGCCAAAGCCCACACGUGGCUUAUCUAUUAAAAACCUCGGCCCUUCUACAGAGGGUGUUCUGUAAUAAUGAACGGUUUGUGCCAUUAAAACCUACUCCUCUACCUUUUAUGGGUUUUUCAGCGUUAAGUGAAAUGUUUCCUACGACAAAUAACACACUGUGUCUCCUGAUGUUGACAGUCACGAGUUCCCCAUAAAGAAAUUCAUUGUAUUUCUAACCUAUUUGAUCAUUAGCGUUGCUCAAGACUUUGGAAUAUUUCCUCAUAAAUCUUUAUUGCUCCAGAAACGUCGUUCAUAUGCUCCAAGCUGUGUUUAUUUCAAUCAAUUGAGCGAGUAAGUAGACUUCCUGGUUAAAAGAAAACAACAAUACAUACUCCCUUGGGGUGAUUUAUGUGGCAGAGGUAGCUUUUUGUGCUUUGCAGCUGACUUGUUGCCUUCCUGAGUUUGAGUCUGUGGCCUUGUGUGUGUUUACUCAUUGAAUGAGACUUUGCCAUGUGUGUGUGUGUUUGUUUCCAGGGGGUGAUUGUUUCUGUCCGUACACCACCAUCACUCACUUUUUUGUAAUCAUGUGAUAUCGCAGAAGGUCACUGAUUGUAUUGUCAAGCUCACAAUGGAUGUUUAUGUGCGAGUGAGACAGGACGACGAUCACCUGCAUUAUUAUUAUUAUUUUUUCAAUUGUUUGUGAGGCUUACAGACUAGUUCUACCAAACUCUGUAUUCAUUCAGAGUUCCCUUGAAAUAGCUAUUUGUUUGUGUGCUACUGGGUGUAGUACAAGAUAAGGACCACUCUUAUUGGUCAGCUCCCAUGGCCACGAGGAGGCUCCGCCCCCCGCUCGGCAGAUCAGCAGCCUUGAAACAUUCUCUUUUGUCGAGGCCUUCUUGUCACCACACAUGCAGUGAGACGAUGGUGGUGAGACGCAGGUUUUGAGAAAGCAUGUCAUUGGACGCAAAAUUAGUACACGCCCCUCUAGUGCAGGAUGAGUCAUAAACGUUUUUAGAACGUUUUCCAGGAAGUGACAUAAUCUAAAAUACCUUUAGGAAUACCAGCAAAACAACAUUAUUGUCAUUGCUGCGUCUGAUACUGGCAUUUAGGCGAAGUGUGGUGCAAGAUUUAGUAAAACAACAUACGACUGGAUUUCCUUUGAGUUGUACCAAAAUAAGUCGGUGUAUAGGAUUGGAUUACAGGCAGAAAUAGAGGUGGUGGUGUUGUAGGAACUCCGUCUGUAUGAGUGAUUUUGUUUUUGUUAGCUAAGUACGAGUCCAUAGGAAGCAGGUCUGCUGGGCCCGUCAUGUUGUUCUGCCAUGUUUGUACAUGAGCUUCCUUGCGGUUUCAUUUAGGGCUGCUCACCCCAGGGCUCUGACAAUAGUUUACUGGGACCAUUGUUCCUGUUAUUACUUACACCUGUGCUGUUCCCACUUUGACGAGCCAAAAAGUCAGCCAUGGAAAGCCUCUAUUCCAAACAUGUGCCGACCUCUUGGCAGCUGCUCAAACUCCGACCUUUGACCUUUCCUUUAAUCCCCUGUUAGACUUCCUCUCGCCGUGACCUGCCAUUCUGCUGCAUAUUUGAGGAGAUGACCUCUUUCUGUGCCAGUCAGAGACAUUAACACUCUGUCCCUGGUCCUCCUCUGUGCCAGUACACUCGCUCUCUGACGGCCGCACGCGCUUUCUGUCUCCUUCUGCCUCCCUCCAAACACAAACACCCAUGUGGCUCUCCCCCCCGCGUAUCUCUGCCACACAUAAAUCUGCCUCUGUGUCAAUAUUCUUUUAAUCUCUUCGGCCUUCUUUUGGCAUUCAACCCUUGUGACCCUGUUGCUAAAAAGCAAAUCCCUCUCAGCCUCCCCUCCUCAGCUAUCGGUGCCUUCACUUUAUUUUUUGAUCCAGUCAGCUCUCUCCUUUCCUACUCCCCUCUGCUCUUUUACUGAGGCUUUUUCCUUUGCUCGUGCCCUUGCUUUGUAGCCCUUGACCUGGCGUCCUUCCUGUGUGUGUGUGUUUGAAAAAGAGCCACGGGGCAUGUGUGUGAGAGACAGAGAUCUGGUCUGAACCCGUACGGCUCCUUGCAAAUCCAUAUCUUGACAUGUGCAUCAUAGGCGCACCACGCAUAAAGCCCCAUCAACGGACGACGUUUUCACCGUUGGCAAACAUUUAAACGUGAUCACCCUUCAACAAAUGCAUGCCAUGCACACAUGCUGGGAGUGUGAUCUCCUCGCAGUAAUUAUCAUAGCAGGGCAGGCAUGCACACGCGUCCCUGGGGGAAUCUGUGCAAGUUGCUCGUAAACACACGCACGCACGCUCCAGGGAGUGGCGUGUGUGUACAACUAAGCCCUUGUUCGUCACUGGGUGUCCCUGAACGCCUCUCUCCUGCGUCGUUAUGGUCGUUUCGGAAUUCUGCCGUCCCGUGAGCCCUCCCACGCCCUAUAAUUAGUGUCACCCAGGCAACCGGAGAAAGAAUGCUCAGUGUUCUUGUCGUCGUGGUAACUGCGUAAGUGCGGGGGCCGGAGGUGCUGGUUGUAGGUGUUGGUUAAUGACAGGGACAAUGAGACCUCAGUCUGCCACUUCAUGUGCUGUGUUAGGAAAACGGGGAUAGGUGAAUCUGUGCGUGUGUGCUUCUGGUUAUUCUACACUCGAAGGGUCAAAGAAGAGCCCACUAUGGUUUAGGGGGACACGUGCUUUUUGGGGACCAAAAUGCUACACUCCACAACUUAACCCUUUAAAUUAGACUAAAGACUGUUUUUUGGGGGAGUGAACAUUUGAAUUAGCUAUCUGCAAGUACAUUAUAUGCCACAUAUGGCUUCAGCCAAGUAAUCACAAUAUACCUUCAUGCUGUGUUUACAUGAUUACAGCUGUUGCUUACCACCCAGGACUGAACUGUAAGUGGGUCACAGGGUAAUAACAAUCUGCUCUUGGGCUCCUCCUGAUCUCCCUAUCCCUACAUCUAGUCUGUGAGUUACACAUGUCCGCUGAAAUCCCUGGACACGGCACUCAUCUACUGACAGCUCCAAUAUAUUAGCCUGAGGACAUGGAAAGGCGAGAAAAUGAGCUCUAAAACAACCCACUAAGGUAGUUGGGGUCAUUUGACUAAAACUGUUUAUUUAGGAAAAUAUAAACCAGUCCAAAAGACACUUAUGAGGGGUCACUAGAUUUCAAUAGGACAGCAAACCAGUGAAGACGUGUUUGUGAAAGAGGAUUCAACGUCCACUUGUUGACAGUGAAACUGAAGUCAAGUAUUGCAGCAUUGGGUUGUUGUUGGACAUUUGGUACAAGAACAGUGGGUCUCAAUAACCUCAGGAUGUCCAGUACUUUACAUCCAGCGGCAGGUUUUUAUGAACCUUAACUGGCAGCUCUCUAAUGUCCUCUGCUGUCCAGUUGUAGUUACUACCUAAAACCUUAAUAGCGUUGAAUGAACACACUGUUCCCCGAACUGAUCAUGUAGAUCUGUGACGUCUUUCACUCAAUCACUGCAAGGGUCUUUACAUUAAGUGUGUGAUUAUUAUUAAAACUAGACAAAAUUG